AUGCCGGCAUCGCGAAUAGGGGCUGUCACUCAGGCUUCUCCGCCCACAGAAGCCAAGAGCAGUGAGUCUUACGAUUUAAACACAGAAAGUGUUGCUUCCCCUGAAUCGAUCUCUCCUUGUGCAAUCACUCCCUCACCUGGUCUGCGCAAGUCCAAACGUUUGACAGUAUUACAUGAUAACCAAGUGAAACCUGUGAAUGCAGCUGUAGCUGUAUCACAUGGUCAGAAAAGAAAACGAGGCGAGGAAAAGGGGGAAGCUGUGAUCGAAAGUCCAACGAAGCCAAAAUUUACAAGAAGGGGAGAUUGUAGUAAGGAAGCAGAUUCAUCUAUGAUCUAUUCGAAGAUAGAGGAGACAAGUGAAGAACGAAAGGAAAAAGAUAACGAGAUAGAGAAGACUAUUCAUCAGAUUCCGCAGAGAAGAUCAAAGGAGAUCAAGGUUGAGGAAGAAAUAUCGGAGAACGAAGCCACAACUGUUGUGAGAGCAAAAGGAUCGGACAUCAAAACAGAAAAAAAAGUAAAUAGCGAGGGCACGAAGAAGAUCAAGAAGAAACGAAGGACAAAAGAAGAAAAAGAGGCAGAUGCGAUGCCAUUAGCGGCGCGGACAAAUGGGCUCCGCAUGUUUGUUGGGGCCCACGUGAGUGGUGCAAAAGGAGUCCAAAAUUCCGUUACCAAUGCCGUCCACAUUGGCGGUAAUGCCUUUGCAAUGUUCCUCAAGUCUCAACGUAAGUGGGAGAAUCCACCUUUACAGGACGAUCACUGCCAGCAAUUCCGGCACAAUUGCGGACAGCAUAGCUAUGAUAAAUCUAGGCACAUUUUACCGCAUGGAUCGUAUCUUGUCAAUCUCGCACAAGAAGACACUGAGAAGGCAGCUCAGGCAUACAAUGCUUUUCUAGACGAUUUGAAGCGUUGUGAGGCCUUAUCUAUUGCCCUGUACAAUUUCCAUCCUGGAUGGACGGGCUCGGCUCCACGUUCGUCGGCAAUUAGUCGUAUUGCGAGUGCGCUGAAUCGCGCUCACGCCGCAAGCCAUACCGUUGUGCCCGUUUUGGAAGCUAUGGCGGGUUCUGGGAAUGUGAUUGGUUCGACCUUUGAAGAUUUACGAGAUAUAAUCGACCUGGUGGAGAACAAAGCAAGAAUAGGUGUCUGUAUAGAUACUUGCCAUAUUUUUGCUGCUGGAUACGAUCUUCGAAGUCCUGAGGCUUUUCGAGGCACGAUGCAGAAGUUUGACGACGUGGUAGGCCUGAAAUUUCUCAAAGCACUCCAUAUCAACGAUAGCAAGGCCCCACUCGCGUCCCAUCGGGACCUGCACCAGAACAUCGGACUCGGAUUUCUUGGUCUACGAGCUUUUCAUAAUGUAAUGAAUGAGAAGCGCUUCGAAGACCUACCACUAAUCUUAGAAACCCCAAUCGACCACAAAGACGAGAACGGUAAAGCCAUAGAAGACAGAAGUGUGUGGACUAAAGAAAUAAAAAUGUUGGAAAAGCUCAUAGGUAUGGAUGCAGACGGCGAAGAGUUCAAGGACAUGGAAAAGGAGCUAUCUUCUAAGGGUGCUGAUGACAGGAAGAUGUUUGCGGACGCAUUUGACAAGAAGAAACUUAAGGAGAAGAAAGCUGCCGAAAAGGGGCAAGCUAGGCUCAAUUUUGGUCCGAAAGAAUAA